AUGUCGGAUAAAGAAGGCCUUGAGCGGGGCUUGGAAGAAGGAUGCAAGAGUUAUUUCUGGUAUUUCGUUGCCAGUUUUGGCUACACAGUGUUCAUUGUUUUAGCCAUCCUCAUUUAUCUGACAAUGUAUUCCGAUCACUUCAUGUGGGCACUCCGCAGAAAACCGAAACUGGUUCGUGUGCAGAUAUUUUUACAGUUUAUCGACUAA